UGGGCUGGGGGCGCAGGGCGUCCCGUCUGCCAUGUGCGGGUUUGAGGGUUAAAGCAUGAAUCCGGCCAGUGAUGGAAUGGAUGACAUCAGCAGCAAAGCAUCCGCGCUGGACGUGGAGGGGAAUUAUAAAAAGGCUCAGAAGAAUGAGAGAGAGUCCAUCAGGCAGAAACUGGCCCUUGGAAGUUUCUUUGAUGAUGGCCCGGGAAUUUAUACGAGCUGCAGCAAAAGCGGCAAGCCCAGCCUCUCUUCUCGGUUACAAAGUGGGAUGAACCUGCAGAUCUGUUUUGUGAACGACAGCGGCAGCGACAAAGACAGCGAUGCUGACGACAGCAAGACGGAAACGAGCCUGGAUACGCCCUUGUCCCCAAUGAGCAAGCAGAGCUCAUCCUACUCAGACAGAGACACUACUGAAGAAGAGUCCGAAUCCCUAGACGACAUGGAUUUUCUCACUAGGCAAAAGAAACUACAAGCUGAAGCCAAAAUGGCCUUGGCUAUGGCAAAGCCAAUGGCCAAAAUGCAAGUAGAGGUGGAAAAGCAGAACCGGAAGAAAUCUCCAGUAGCUGAUCUUCUGCCACAUAUGCCUCAUAUAAGUGAAUGCCUGAUGAAAAGAAGUUUAAAACCCACUGACCUAAGAGAUAUGACUAUCGGGCAGCUACAAGUGAUAGUCAAUGAUCUCCACUCACAAAUAGAAAGCUUGAAUGAAGAAUUGGUGCAGCUGCUGCUCAUUCGAGAUGAACUGCACACGGAGCAGGACGCGAUGCUGGUGGACAUCGAAGACCUGACUAGACACGCCGAAAGCCAGCAGAAGCACAUGGCAGAGAAAAUGCCAGCAAAAUGAAACAAGAAGCCAUCAGACUAGAGAUCGAGCUAGACUUUAUUUUGCUUCUGUGUUUGUACAAAUGCUGAUGUCCAAGGUGGCGCACAAGAAAAUCAGUGUUAGUUAUUGAUCAUGUCUGAAGCUUUAUGUCCAGUGAUUGGCCUCUGCUUCUUAAUUUAUUUUAAUUUUUUUACUUCUGCCACUAAAUAUGAGGCAUUUUAAUAAUAUUAUUACAAAAAUGUACAGUACUUAUAACAUUAUAAAUCAUGGAUAAGAAGAGAGGGUAGUUUAACUUUAUUUUUGUUCGUUUAGAGAUUUUAAGUUGAACGAUAUUUUACCAUUGACUACUUUUUUAUUCUUCACUGUAGUUUUAAACAAAGAAACUGUAAUUGACGGUGCUAUACAAGUCAAACAAUACAUGCCUGCCUCGUAGUGAAGUUGUAGCUUUCAGUAAUAUGUAUAUUUUAAUCAGUUUUCAACAUUUUGUGAAUGUUGACUACCUGACGUUCCUUUUCAGAUGUGCUAUUAACAUUCAGUUGGAUUCAAAGAGUUACCUUGAAAGUUUUAUGUAUAAAUAUGUAAAAUAAAAAUUUAAAAAAUUGUUUCA